UAGUUUUUCUACUUUUGAAAUUUCAAGGUUGUUGCGGGACACUCACUACUAAAAAUGAGUCAACAAACACUCGUUCUGUCUGUUCAUUUUUCCUAUCAGUCCACUUCAUCUUAGCAUAUGAUCUCAUAAUAUCUUUUAAUAUUCUUAGCAUUAUUUAGUUAUUGUUUAAUAAAAAAAAAGUUUCUAAUUUAUAUCAAUUUACAUAAUGUAUAAAGAAUGUUUUUACAUUCGACCAGUUGAAAGCAUGAAUUGGUUACUACAUAUUCUUUAUACACAAUCAGCGUUUUCCAAAUGUACAGACAUUAUACAAAAUUCUACAAAUGGACAAUACAUGUUGACCGAUUAUCAUCAGUAUUGUUUAAGUCUUAUCAAUCGACUUAACGGGUGUGUACAACAGUCUUUGGAUAAUUUAUUCAAAUGUUUAAAGCAUAAUACUAAAUCGGUUGAUAUACUAAAACAAAUUUCAAAAUCAUUGAAUUUACAAGGUCAUCACAAUGAAGCAUUGGAAACUUAUCAGGAUGCCUUAAAACUUAAUCAAAAUGAUUGGGAAAUACCAUUUGGACAAGGUGUAUGUUAUUUCUACACAAAACAAUUUGAAUUGGCUGAAAAGUGUUUUAAAAAGUCUAGUAAACUUACUAAAAGCAUUAAACCAUUGAAAUGGUUAGCAAAAGUUCAAUUAGAAAAGAGCUCAAUAAAUUCUGCUAUUGAAACAUUGAAAAAAGCAACCUUAUUAGCACCUGAAGAUCCUGAUUUAUUAUCUCAUCUGGGUUUAUUAUACUUUCAAAUCAAUCAAGAACAAUUAGCAUUUGAAUGUUUAAGUUCAGCAAUUAUGUUAAAACCGAAUCAUUUUGAUGCAAAUCAAUUAGCUGGUAUAAUUAUUACAUUGCACAAAGAUUAUGAUGUGGCAUUAAAUAAAUAUCGAUCAGUAUUAAAACAAUCUUCCGAAAGUUCAAUAUUAUGGAAUAAUAUUGGUGUAGCAUUGAUGGGUAAAAAAAAUCUAGUAGCUGUAAGUGAUUAUUAUAUUCAAUGA